AUGUCCUGGAGUAGUGAUGAAGAAGACAUGGUCGCUGCAAGCGGUUCCACCAGCGCAGCGCCGUUGCCGACACUUACGUGCACCACAGAGAGUGUCAAGAUUCUCGUGACACUGUUAAGUUGCCUAGCGCAUGGUAAAUGCGACCAACGUGUACGCUGCGACGUAGACCGACGGGGUCUGCUCUUCACUGCGCACUCCAAGGGCAAGUCCCUGCAGAUCAAGACGUCAAUCGGACGAGAGCUCUUCGAGAGCUACAAGUUUGGUGCGACAGGACCCGAAUCAGCAGAAGAGUACGAAGACGAGGAUGACGAGGACGCUGUACAGCUGAGCUUUGCACUUAACGUCAAUCUCCUGAUCGAAUGCUUAUCCAUGUUUGGACCCUCUGCUUUAGCCACCACGUCACUUCGGAUGACGUACGAACCAGAGAGUGCAAGUUUGCUGCUGGUUGUGGAAGACAGCGGCGUAAUGUGCGAGUGCUCCAUGCAAGUUUUGGAGCACGAAGGCGGAGAUAUGGGCCAGCUGGAGUUCGAGACCGCGUUCGAGCAGUCAGCAGUAGUGGCACGCUGCAUUAUGCAGUCAGAGCCACUACGAGACGCUUUUGCUGAGCUCUACGAUCUGCCCAGUGCUGCGAGUGUGACUAUUGCCAUGGUCGAUACCGACAGCAGAAGCCCGGAAGCCAAAUGUCUAAGCUUGAGUGCGACGUCGGAGACGGGCUCGUGCGAGAUCGAUUUUGCGCCUACGUCGUCGGCUUUUAUCGAGUUUUCCUGUGCUCCGUCAAGUGAGGGCGACUAUGGUGGGAGUUGUGCUGCCACUUUCCACGUCGCGGUGCUACAGCAGGCGUUCAAGGCACUGACCCAUUCAAACGAAACUUUCCUUCGUAUGAACGGUGAUGGUUUCCUGUCGAUCCAGCACAUGAUUGAAAGUGGUUCAGGUGAUAAAGCUUUCGUUGACGCUUUGAUCAGCCCCGAGGACACAUCGAUUUCGUAG